CCUCCUCCUUUUCUUUUAUUCAGAAUCUUAUCCUUCUGCAGAUCUGCCAAAGAGGGAACAUAAGCAGACAGAGAGAGAGAGAGAAAGUGGUCGUCGUCCCCCCCCAGCUACAAUGCGACUUUAAAAUCAUCUUCUCGUUUUCAGAAUUGAUAUUCCUGGAAUUAAAAAAGAAAAUAAAAAAAAUAUAAAAAAUAUAAAAAAAAAAAAAAAAAAGCAUAUUCAACCUAAAACGGGUCGUCGUGGUUGAUCAGUAUGUAGAAGAACACGCUUUACACUUUAAUUCAACAGGAGCGAAGUAACUACUUGUGAUCCGUCUGGAAUGGGAGGUGGGAACAUAAUGUCACUCGGGGCUUGUGUCUUCUUCGCUGCUCUCCUGGUAGGCUGUAUGUGCUUCUCCAACACGCCAUCCUCUGCCAAGCUUAGGAGGAAUCUUUUCAACAGUUAUCACUCACUAUUGCUGCCUGAUGGCAGAGAAACCACGAUCUACUUGUUGAAAGAUCUCACGAAGAGGUACUACUUUGUUUUAGAAGAAAACGGCGCACCUCAUUUCUCGAUUACUGUGACUCCGUGCGAUGUGCCUAUAGAAUGGAGUAUUCUGCGCUACAAAACCUCACAGGCGUUCCAUAGAAAGUCGUCAGGUAUGUAAAAUGCUUCCGAUCACCUGAAGCCUCAGCCAUCUUCAGAAACCGUGUCUACGCUUUUCCGCUACAAGGGGAACUCAGUUGAGAACUUUAUUGGCGCGUCCUCUUAUUCUUCCCUCUUUGUCCUGGAAUUCCUGUCCACAGAGAGAGACACCCACAUCUCGGUGUACUUGACAACCGAUCUAACACACGGAAACCUAUUUCCCGAGCUUCCAGGAGAUCCUCGCAUUGACGUGACCGCGGUCACCCAUAACUCUGUGACUUUAAUCUGGAAAGCAAGCCCUUCUGUCUUGAGGUUUAAGGACAACAUCCAAUACUGUCUCCUCGUCAAUGAAAAGCACAAUUACAAAAGCCUAUGCGCCGCAGACACCGCAGUCCGUUCGGCUAGAGGGAAAGGGUCCAAACAAUUCGCUUUACCUGUCUCCAGAUACGUAGAUGAUCAACAACGUGUAAUGGUCGUGGCAAAAGAUGAGUUUAGCGUCGUCCACAAAGCUAGCAACCUCGACGCUAGGCAGAUAUGCAUCGGCAACAGAAACACCUUCAUGGUGUCCAACUUGAGCCCAAACACGCAAUAUUACUUUGACGUGUUUGUGGUCAACCUUUCGACCAAUGCCAGCGCCGCUUACACGGGGACAUUUGCCAAGACUUUGGCUCAGCCCAAGCCCAAGGUCUCCUACUUGAAAGACGGUAAAAUAGUUCAGGUCAACUUCGACGGCAGAGGCCCAAAGAGUUACAGUUUCCAGUAUCAGGCCAAGCAUAAAAAAGUCCAGUUCACAUUUCAGUUAUGCAGAGGCCGAAUCCUAGCACAGAUAUUAAAAAACGGUAAAAUGGUCGUUUCGGAGAACAUCCAGGGCUUGAGACACAUAACGCUGAAAGGUAAAGCCAACGAUAAAUACUUUGCUCUACUCAAGUCACCCGAGCCUGGAUCAAAUUCUUCUGCGAUGGUCCAGGUGUCCUCCCACAUCCACAAACCUUUAUUCCCCUUCUUUCCAGACAGCUUAAAAAUAAAGUCUUUUAACAAACUGAGAACGUGUGACUCGAUCACCGUAGCCUGGCUCGGCACGCAGGAGAGGAACAUAUACUGCGUCUAUAAGAAGAAAAUCCAAGAAGAUCACGUUUGGGGAGAAAUAUCGAAUAUCGACAGGUGUUCGGGGCCUGAAUCGCGUCCAAAAUCCGAAAAGGUCUCUUGUAAAUAUUUCCACGACGUCAACGUUCGAAGAGCAGUGACCUCCGAGACCAUCGGUGGUCUUGAGAAAGGUACGGCCUACCUGCUCGAUGUGUAUCUUGUGGGCCAUUCCGGAAUACUGGUGAGGUACAACAGCAAAGUGGUCAAGACAAGAAAAAAUUGUUGAAGGCUCGAAACAACAUUUUUUUUUAUGGGACCACUAAGAAAUGCAUGCAUAGAAGACCCCUUUCUUUCUUUUAGAUAAGGGCACGGUGACGUUUUGUAUACGCCAAUUUGUGAACGGAUGUAUUUAAUAAUUAAACAGUGUUAUAAUGUCG